UUCUACUCCUGAUCAGUCGUUUGCAGCAGCGCAGUCGACUCGACGCACUUUCAUAUCCUAGUGCACACAGCUGUUGUUCCAGCGUUCUCACGUUAAACUGUUAUUUCUAAAGCCUUGACAAACAUUCGGCAGUCAGUGAUUCGCCAGGAACUUGGAGUAGAGAGGCGUCCACCAGAAAACUAACGAACCAUGUGGACGUCGAGAAGUUGACACUUCAAAUUUGGAAUAAUCAGUUUGCUCUGAAUGCAUUUUUCUUUCCAUGGAGAAAACUCAGAGCAUGCUACCCGUGAGGGUGUUGCUGUUGUGUUGUUCCUUUUCCUUAUGCAGUUCAAUGUUUUCCAUUCCUCUUAAAAUAUUUACGGGGCAGUUCAACUCCUCUGUGGACUUGGACUUGACUCCCUUGCGAAAAAUCGAAACAUCUGGGAAUGGUCUGUCUCUGGCGUCCGACCCGUCGGGUAUCGUGAACUUCUUGGACAUGGUCAACAACUUACAAGGUGAUUCGGGGAGAGGCUAUUACAUGGAGAUGUUGAUCGGGACACCAAGCCAAACGCUCAACAUCCUGGUGGACACGGGAAGCAGCAACUUCGCGGUAGCAGCAGCGCCGCACCCCUUCAUUACACACUUCUUCAACAGAGCCGUCUCAAGCUCGUACUGGACGAGCGGCCGUGCGGUGCAGGUCCGCUACACGCAGGGCAACUGGGAGGGCGAGCUGGGCACCGACCUCAUCUCCAUCCCCAAGGGCCCCAACGCCACGGUCACCAUCAACAUCGCCGCCAUCCUCUCCUCCGAAGGCUUCUUCCUACCCGGGGUCAACUGGCAGGGCAUCCUGGGCAUGGCCUACCCCAUGCUGGCGCGGCCGGACUCGUCAGUGGAGCCUUUCUUCAACUCGCUGGUGCGCCAGACGGGCAUCCCCGACGUCUUCUCUCUGCAGAUGUGCGGAGCGGGCAUUGCCGCCAGCACCACCGCUGACCCGGUCGGCGGGAGUCUGGUCAUGGGUGGGGUCGAACCAACUCUGUACCGGGGGUCCAUGUGGUACACCCCCAUCAUGCAGGAGUGGUACUACCAGGUGGAGGUUCUGAAGCUGGAGGUGGGAGACCAGAACCUGAAUCUGGACUGCAGAGAGUAUAACUCGGACAAGGCCAUCGUGGACAGCGGCACCACGCUCCUCAGACUGCCCGUCAACGUGUUCAACGCCGUGGUGGACGCCAUCUCCCAGACUUCUCUGAUCCAGGAUUCGGCGUCAGGGUUCUGGACGGGCACUAAGCUGGCGUGCUGGGCAGUGGGAGAGUCUCCAUGGAGGUUCUUUCCAAAGAUCUCCAUCUACCUGCGUGGAACCAACACCAGCCAGUCCUUCAGAAUCACCAUCCUCCCUCAGCUGUACAUUCAGCCAAUCACAGAUGUGGACGGCACACUAGACUGCUUCCGAUUCGGCAUCUCGUCGUCGGUCAACGGCCUGGUCAUCGGCGCCACGGUGAUGGAGGGGUUCUACGUGGCCUUCGACCGCGCCCAGAAGAGAGUGGGCUUCGCGGUCAGCACGUGUGCAGAGCUAGCUGGGCAGCCGUUGGCGGAGAUCGCGGGGCCCUUCCUGGCGGAGACGGUGUCGUCCGACUGCGUGUCCCGCUCGUUGCUGCGUGAGCCGCUGCUGUGGGUGCUGGCGUACACACUGAUGGGGCUCUGCGCCCUGGUGCUGCUCGUCCUGGUGCUGCUGAUGAUGUUGCCGUGCCGACGCCGGGGCAGCGAGAUCACAGACGAGUCCUCGCUUGUACGUCACCGCAUCAAAUGACGCAUCCUGACCAAGAGGGAAGACACUGGAGUAGAGUGAUGAUCAAAUGUGUGUGUGUGUGUGUGUGUGUGUGAGUAAACUGGGAGAAGAGUGGAAAAGCCAAUCAGGACUAUAUUCCCCUAUUCUCAUACUCACUCUGUUGUUUCACAUGUAGGUUCAACUCUUAUUCUGCUCUAUUCUUCUCUGCUUCAUUCACUCUACUAUAUUAAGGAGUUAAAUCUUUCCAUUUCAAUUUCACAAAAGCCACAAUAUCAACUCGCUUUGUUCCAUUUCAGCCAGGACAAAUGCAGCACUAAAUAAUAGGAAAUACGCUAAAAUAAAGGACGCACUGUGGUCAGAGGCUAAAGUGGAUCAUUGUUAAGAAGUGAUUCUACGAGAAAUGAAUGUAGUAUUUGAAACUUCUCAGUACCUGCAAAGCCCACACAUUUUCCUACACAUGAUUAGAAACUGAGAUCAGCCUCGAAAUCGGUUUGGUUGGCACACUGUCAGCUUUUCUACUAGGGACUUCAUGCACCUUUAAAGAGACGCAAAAGAUUGAUUCUGCCUUCAGCUGAGCAGCUUCAACUGGGGUCAUGUUUCAGUGUCCCAUGUCUCCCCUGCUUAAGUUCUACUGCGGAGACCGAGCCGGAUCACAGCCGGAUCACAGCCAGAUGCGCCUCAGGGGUCUGUUUCCAGAGUUGACCUGAGCUCUGAUAUGAAGGACUUGCGCUAUGUGUCUGGUAUGGAUGUUGUGUCCAAUUGCGUCUCUUAUCAUAUAAGGGCCCUUCCUGUAGAGGCCGGAGCACCGCUCUGCUUUGCCUCAGCUUGACACAUCAGACUUGACCAACAGCUCUCUGUGUAGGCUGGUCACGCUGCAGCCUUAGUUGGGAAGUGACACAGUUAACACGCAGUAACGCAACUCCAUGCAUGUGCAACCAUUACACCUAGUAGCCAGAUUGAGUGCAGAUCUGAUCCAAUGGAACUAUUUUAAAGUCUUUUUUUUGCCUUUGCCUUGAAGGCACCUGU